AUGCAAGCAGAAAAGUCUCUUCCCAGGUCAAGAACUUUUGAUUAGCUUACAACAGGUAGAUCGAAAAAAACUACCUAUGAAAAUUGUUUAAAUUGUUGCGGAAAUUUUUGGGGUACAUGCAGAGCUUGGAUUCCUUGCUGUUUUUGUUGUCCAUACCCUUAUUAGCAAAUUAGCCAAGGGUAUGUUGGAUUGUUGUAAGAAUUCGGACGUUUUGAAAGACAAUUGCCACCUGGUAUGCAUUUUGUCAAUCAGUGUUCAGGCCAAAUUUCAAUGGUAGAUAUGAAGACACAUUCUGGACAAGUUAACAGAUCAGUUAUCCUUACAAAAGAUAAUAUUACUUCAGAGAUUGACACAGUUUUAUAUUAUAGAAUAGUUGAUCCAAUCAAAUGCAUUUAUAGAUUAAACAAUCUUGAUGGAGCAAUGCUUGAAGUUACUCAAUCAGUCAUGCGUACGGUCUGUGGGGAACACACUCUUUAAGAAUUGUUAGUUGAUCGUAUUCAAAUAUCUCAUGAGAUUGAAGAAUAUGUGGAAGCCAUUGUGAAUGAGUGGGGUGUCUAUGUAGAGAAGUUAUUCAUUAAAGAUCAAAGAUUAAGUGAGGACUUGAGACAAGCAUUGGCAUUGGCAGGAACAACAAAAAAGAUGACUGAGGCUAAGAUCAUUUCUGCUUAAGCUGAUGUAGAGGCUGCCAAAUUCCAGCGAGAAACCUCAGACAUAUUAUCAAGUCAAGCUGCAAUGUAAAUCAGAAUGCUUGAAACUCUUUAAUUGAUUGCUAAAGGUCCAAGUAAAAAAGUUGUGAUGAUGGGAUUAUGA